CGUGUGGGAAUAAGGCAAGGUGGACGCUCACACAUACACUGCAUACAUUCACAUAUCUGUAGUCACAUUUGGACACACUGAUCGGACGUCUCAGCUGUCCCGCUUGGGUGUGGCUACUGUAAUAGUGAAGGAUAUCAGCCCGUUGACUUUUGGGGAGUAAUGGACCCUAUUAAAGUAGAGACGCUGUUAAAAGUCCAGCAGUUACGGGAUCAGUUUGAUAACCUGGAAAAGCACACACAGUGGGGAAUCGAUUUUGUGGAAAAAUACACCAAAUUUGUGAAGGAAAGGUCUGAGAUCGAGCUUAACUAUGCAAGACAGAUCAGGAAUCUGUCCAAGAAAUACCAGCCUAAGAAGAAAGAGGAAGAUGACAAUAAGUACACGUGGUGCCGUGCGUUUCAUUCGACGCUUAACGAGAUGAACGAUUACGCAGGACAGCAUGAGGUCAUCGCAGAGAACAUGAUGUCACAGAUCAUCGCCGAACUCACGCGAUACACACAGGAAAUCAAAACAGAGAGGAAAGCGCAUUUCCAUGAUGGGCGGAAGGCACAGCAACAGGUCGAAGCCAGUUGGAAACAGCUGGAAGCGUGUAAGCGAAAGUUUGAGCGGGACUGUAAAGAAGCAGAUCGAGCCCAGCAGUAUUUUGAGAAGAUGGAUGCAGACAUCAACGUGACGAAAGCAGACGUGGAGAAGGCACGGCAGCAGGCUCAGAUGAGACACCAGAUGGCUUCUGACAGCAAGAAUGAAUAUUCCUCAUACCUCCAGAAGUUCAACCAGGAACAGAACGAACAUUAUUACACCAUCAUCCCUAAUAUCUUCCAGAAGAUCCAGGCAAUGGAGGAGAAGAGGAUAGAGCGAAUGGGCGAGUCGCUGAAGACAUAUGCAGAGGUGGACCGACAGAUUCUGCCCAUCAUUGGGAAAUGCCUGGACGGAAUAACACAAGUAGCCGAGUCCAUCGAACCCAAGAAUGACUCCUCUCAGGUCAUAGAGUCGUAUAAGUCUGGGUUCGAGCCUCCUGGUGAUGUGGAGUUUGAAGACUACGGUCAGGCGAUGAAGAGGACGGUGUCUGAGACCAGCCUCACGAACUCACGCACGGACAGCAAAGGGGACCGUUCCAGCAAGUGCAAGGGCAAAACUCUCUGGCCUUUCAUCAAGAAAAACAAGCUUAUGUCCCUGUUAACGUCCCCCAUACCUCACCAGUCCCCCCCUGACCCUCCCUCACCUUCUGCUGUGACCCCUGACCCUUGCCCCACUCCCCAGACCCCCAAACAGUCCAAGGAGCCCUUGUCCUACCGAUUCAACGACCUCAUGACCUCCAAGCCCAAAAUGCACUGCCUCAGGAGCCUCCGGCGAGGGUCUGCCCAUUCUCUCUAUUAUAAUAAAGAAAUCAUGAAGAGGACUCUCGGUCGGCCUACGUAUGCUUUCGAGGCCAGGCAAUAUGUCCUCUCUUUAAAGCUGCUCUCACUCAAUGCCCACGUGCGGAACCUUAUUGAGGGUGCGAAUCCUGAGGACUUCAGUCAUCUUCCUCCAGAGCAGAGAAGGAAGAAGCUUCAGGCGAAGAUCGACGACAUCAAUAAAGACAUACAGAAAGAGAUGGACCAGAGAGAUGCUUUGACUAAAAUGAAGGAAGUGUACAUAAAGAACCCACAGAUGGGGGAUCCCAACAGCGUGGACCCUCGGUUAGCAGAGAUCGCCCAAAACAUUGAGAAACUGCAGGCGGAGGCACAGAAGUUUGAGGGCUGGUUAGCGGAGGUCGAAGGAAGAAUGCCAGUAAAGAGUGACCCUCCGAAGAGAACGAGUGUUCUAUACGAGACCCAAAACAGCACGCCACCCACCAACAACAACUGUGCACAGGAUAGAGAGAGCAGUCCGGAUGGCAGUUAUACAGAGGAACCGAGUUCUGAGGUCCAGAGUAAAGUCCAACCCGAAACAGUGGAGUCUGGAGAUGAAUUUGAUGAUGCAGAUGAAGAAAUUCAACCGACCAUUGGCACCUGCAAAGCCCUUUACCCAUUUGAUGGUGUUAAUGAAGGCACCAUCUCAGUAACGGAGGGUGAGCUCUUGUAUGUAAUAGAGGAAGACAAAGGUGACGGAUGGACGCGUGUUAGAAGAAACGAGGAAGAGGAGGGUUACGUCCCCACAUCCUACGUCGAGGUCUUUCUGGACUCCAAUGCCAAAGAUGUGUUUUCCUGGAGAAGGGUUUUUCUUUCUGAGGAUUCGUAAAGUAAGGAAGGAGGACUCAGUGUUGCAGGGCAAACAGCAGCCACAUGUGAGGAAACUACAGCCUUCCCUCCAUGAACCGCCAUAAAGUGAGACAGAUGAGAGACAGACACAAAAUACAGAGAGGACCAGGCUAUAGAGACAUCUCCUGCUGUAGAGAGGAACUUUAACAGCGAAUCAGAGAAAUAUAAUGGCAUUUAGAUUUAUUACCUGUUUGUUAUUUUAUAAUAAGGUGAAUAUGAUCUGCAUAUAUCAUUUUGCUUUACGGCUCUUCAUCGCUGCUGAAUGGCGCUAAACUUUCUUUCAGCCUGUGUGACUGAGUGAGUGUACGUAUGUGUGUUUGUCUUUAAAGGUCUUAAAUUUCCUCGAACUAAAACCCUGGGAAUGUGGUCUGGAAAAGGAGCUGAAUUUUUGGUACCACAACAGUGCUGCGUUCCAUCCAUAUUCCUACAAUACAAAGCUUGAUGCUCGAAAGAUAAUGUACACUACUGGACAAAAGUUGGAACAAUUAAGAUUUUGUAGUGUUUUGAAAGAAGUCUGCAUUUAUUUGUCGAAAAUACAGCAAAAACAGUAAAAAGUUGUUGUUGUUUUUUACAAUUUAAAAUAGUUGAUUUUUUAUUUAUUCUUGUGAUGUCUUGCUGACUUUUCAGCAUCAUUACUCCCGGCUUCAGAGUCACAUGAUCCUUCAAAAAACAUGGUCAUAUUUGGAUUUACUGCUCAAUUAUGAUGUUGAAUUAUGGUGGUCGGUUAUUAAUAAUGGUUCUUAUCAUCUUCAAUGCAGAAACAGUUUUCAGGAUCCUUUGAUGAAUAGAUUAGAGAAAUUCAUUUAAAUAAAACUCUUUUGUAACAUUAUAAAUGUCUUCACUGUCACUUUCGAUCAAUUACAUGCAUCCCUUCUGAAUAAAAAUGUUCAAUAUUCUUUUCUUUUCUUUUUUUUUUUUCUUACUUUUGAAUGGAAGUGUAUCACGGUUUCCACAAAAAUAUAAAUAUAAAUGACAUUUUAAAAAUACAUUAAAAUAGACAAAAGAUUUAUAAUUGUAUAUUAUCAAUAUAUAACAAUAUUACUGUUUAUGCUGUAUUUAUGAUCAAAUAAAUCCAGCCUCGAUGAGCAGAAGAGACUUCUUUCGAAAACAUUAAUAAACUAUAAUUGUUCUUAACUUUUAGUGUAUUAAGAGACAAAACGGCAAUGCAAGCAUGUUUUACAGGUGUAUGAAUAUCAACAAAUCAUGUAUAUAAACUUACGAUGUAGGAACUUUGACUCAUUCAUACAUUUUAUUUGCUUGAAAGCAUUUGUGUACCAUUAACCACAUGUUCUGCCGUAUGAUGUGAAAUGUCUUUAAGUGCCGUUCUGUUGCACUUUUCCAAGUUGCAAGCUGGAAUCUUUCUUGAGUUGGAACGUAACAUUGCAAUUCUAUAUGAUGUCACUCAUUCCGGCUCCUUUCUCAGGCCACACCCCUUUAGACCCUUUGACUCCACCUCCCAAAAAUAAAAGCUGCUGGCCAUUGGUUGCUCAUAUGGCUGUUGCACAUGUCAGGGGCGGGGCUUCACUGGCCAAUAGCAUGUCUGCUUGCCCUGGCACCUCCUCUGUCUCCGCCCUUCCAGUGCAAUUACUAAUACUGUCUGUCUGUUUGCCAUCUUAUCCAACUCAUUUUUAUCUAAUGUCCCUUCAGUGAUUCACAUGUUCAUUCAUUUCAUCUAUUAGACUUCCUGCUUUACCUUAACCGUCCAAUCAUCAUGCUUAAAUGCUGUAUUUGUUUGUCAGGCCAGGGAGGGAUUAUAUCUACACUCAUGAAUAGGCUAAUGUCCUGUUGAUAUGGAUAUGUAUUUAUUGUGACAGCUUUUUUGUUCAUGUCUUCAUGGUUUUACCCUGUGGAGCACCCAGCUGAGAACCUCGCAACCUCAUUGGUUUCGCUGGUUUUAUAUAUAUAUAUAUAUAUAUAUAUAUAUAUAUAUAUACAGUAUGUAAUGUUUAAUUGUACUAUGAGCCAAAUGUACAGGUUAACCAGAUAUUUUGACAUGCAUAAUGUGAGCUGUGAGAGUUUGUAUGGCUCUCUUAACCUGAGGAAUAGACUUGGAGGUUUUUAAUUCAACUGAUUGUUUCCAGCCCUUUUUAAUGUAAUCACUGAGGUUUGACAAAGGGGAGUUUGAUUUUUCAGGUUUUUUUUGUGUGUGAAUACAUUUUUUUUUCAUCAUCUUCCAAUCUUUACUCACCAUCCCUGAGGCACAUAAUAAUUUCAACUUGUUUUUUUAUAUUUUUAAAUUCUCUCUCACAGUCAUUUUGGAUCCAUGAGAGGUUUUACUUAUUUAAUCUUAAUUAUUAUUUUUUCUUGAUUAAGUAGGUUUGAACUCCAAAACAUCUACGUCGCUACAGGCAUCAUUAUGGAAAAUAAAAAUUAGCACAUGCCACAGAUCUGCUAUUUUAAGAAGAAUGCUUCUCUUAUUUUUAACAAAGCGCUUAUUGAUGGAUUAUUAUGUUUUAUGUUGAAUGCAUUGAGCAGCCUCUCAGAAUAACUGACUCACUCGCUAUUGAUGAACCUGUAAAUAUAAACACAUGUACUAAAUGAGAAGGUUUUUGAAACAUCUCACCAUCUUGAAGAGGAAAACGUCAUUUUGUGUGUCUUCCAAACAUACUUUCUCAAGUGCUCUGUCUCUCUUCGAGAACAAAACAAUUGCAAAACAACUUUAUUUCAUCUUUUUUAGCAUUGUUAUACUCUGUCGGCUAUCGCUGUAUGACACAUACAUACACACAGCUGUCUUAUUUGGCUUGUCAGUGACAAGAGUUAUUAGCCCUCUGCCCCUACCUGCUCUUUUUGGGGCUACAAAACACCAUUCCCAAAUCAGAGAAAUAUAAAUAUAUAUAUGUAUAUCUAUAAGUACAAGUCUAUAAAUAAGAGUGAACUACCAAUCCAUGGUAAGAGUCUAUUUUUAAAUUUUGAUUAAUAAAAAUGUCCCAGUUUCUUUUCUCUGCUUUGCUAAAUGAAUUUUUUUUUUGGGGGGGGGGGGGGGGUCUCGUUUGGUGGGUCUGCCAAAUGUUUGUUUUGCACUUUUUUGUUUGUGUUCAAUUUGUUAUGCUUGUGUUUUGGAGCACUGAAGACUUUGUAUGUGUUAACUGUGCCAAUUAAAGAUAGAGGGAAAAAAUCAAUGAA